AUGUCGAAGAUCACAGUCGCCGGAGUGCGCCAGAAUGUCGAGCAGCUGCUCAACUACUCUCAGAAUGAGAAGAAGAGAAACUUCCUCGAGACCGUCGAGCUUCAGAUCGGUCUGAAGAACUACGACCCCCAGCGUGACAAGCGUUUCUCCGGAACCAUCAAGCUGCCCUCCGUUCCCCGCCCCAACAUGAGCAUCUGUGUUCUUGGUGACCAGCACGAUCUUGACCGUGCCAAGCACCACGGUGUUGAUGCCAUGUCCGCUGAUGACCUGAAGAAGCUCAACAAGAACAAGAAGCUCAUCAAGAAGCUUGCUCGCAAGUACGAUGCCUUCCUUGCUUCCGAGGCUCUCAUCAAGCAGAUUCCCCGUCUCUUGGGUCCCGGUCUUUCCAAGGCUGGUAAAUUCCCUACCCCCGUCUCUCACGCCGAGGACAUGGCCAACAAGGUCACCGAUGUCAAGUCCACCAUUAAGUUCCAGCUUAAGAAGGUUCUCUGCCUUGGUGUUGCCGUCGGCAACGUUGGCAUGACCCAGGACGACUUGGUCGCUAACAUCAUGUUGGCCAUCAACUACCUCGUCUCCCUCCUGAAGAAGGGCUGGCAGAACGUUGGCAGCCUUGUCAUCAAGGCUACCAUGUCUCCCCCCAAGCGUCUCUACUAG